AUGAGCAAACAGAAAACAAAAAACAUAGCCAAAAGCAGAAGUGAUAGCAUAACAUCCGAAGAUUCGACGGAAACAAUCACCGCUUCAGGCAGCCAAGAACCCCACGGACCUAUUACAGAUAUCGAGAUACGAAUGAAAGCAUACAUAGAUGCGACAAUUCAAGCGACAACAGCAUCAAUAGUACAGAAUUUGCGACAGUAUAUAGACCAACAGGCAGCAACACAACAAGAAUGGAACACACGACUCAUGGAGACAAUCAAUCAGAAGUUCACGCAAUCAGAACGAACCAAUUCAGAAAGCAACGGUCAAAACGUAUUAGCUGAACACAUUACAAGAACAGCACAGUCUAAUAAUAACCAGCAAAACAAUCAACAAGGCACUAUGGAAGCAGAGGAUAAUAGAGAAGUGACACAAGGUAAUUAUCCCCCGACACCUAUAAUUAACAACCUGAUAUUGAAAGCAAGUUCAGAACACCAGGAUGGUGAAACAACGGGCAGUACCAAAACGGCAGAUUACAUGUUAACUAGUAGAAAGUUUCCAUCAUUAACCUACUCAUCCGAAGAAAGAGUUCCUACAAUCCAAGGUUUUCAUAACCAGAGAGCUAUAGAGACUGAAAAAAUCCGGUUAUGGUGGAUUGUAAAUUGGUCGGAAGGGCAAAAAAGGAUAGAAAUGCUCCCAAGAAAGCCUAACCUGCCUAAUAAGCUGUGGAAAACAAUAGCACAUGGUCUAUUUGUUGACCUUCAAGAAUUUGUGCAUAAAAACCUUAUUAAUAAUGUUAAACAAAUGAACGAAGACACAUUACUACAAACGUCAGAAGGGUUUUUAACCAUCAGGAAGCGGAAACAAAAUUUCACCUUCGAAAAUAUAUCAGAGUGGCUGCUAGCAUUCAAAGCAUAUAUGGAUGCAGUCCUCAUCAUUUAUGAUAACAGAGAGCAAGAAUUGAACACAUACCGAGAUCAUAUAAAUGAAUUAUGUACUAAAUACAAAUUCUCAGCUGUGAUGGGAUACGAUGAGGACCGGAGAGUCGCACUAGUCAUGAAUCGAGACUCAACAUUAAUGGACAAAGACACAGAAGCUGAUGAACUAAAGAAGAAUGGCGAAGCAGCAAUUGGACCAACACCACAUGGCAAGAUGGUAAAGAGAUAUGUCUUAACUGGAACAGGAAAACAUGCUAUGAAGAGAGAAACUGUGGCAGGGUUCAUGCCUGCAUUAUCUGUAGAAAAUUUGGUCACAGCGAAAAGAAUUGCUUCCGCAAGCAUCCAGAGAUGA